AUGGAGAACAGUGUGCAUUUUGCGUAUAACACAUCCCUCAGCGAUCGAGAAUGGGAGGCUACCCUACCCUCGGGCGGUGGGAUCCUCUACCUCGGCUCCUCCUCCUCUUCCUCCUCCUCCGACGAGGCAGAUACCCUCGAACCAUACAGCAUCUCCAUGUUCCACCAAAUCCGCUGUCUCAACAUCAUCCGCAAAGGUCUCAUAAAAUUCGAAGACGGAGGGCGUAAACAGAAGCCAGACGAACUGGUUCACCAUUGUAUGAACUACCUGAGGCAGAUGGUGUUGUGCCGCGCGGAUUUGAGGUUGGAGCAUGGGCGGCAUUUGAGGAGGGGGAUUGUGGUUUCGGAUAUCACGCAUAGUACUUGUAGGGAUUGGAGUGCGGUUUAUGAGGCUGCGGAGGAGAAUUAUCGACGGUAUCAGAGGAGGUUGGAGGAUCGUUCGAGGGAUAAAUCUUGA